AAAAUGCAGAGAAAAGCAAUAGGUACUUUAGCUGUCCAGUAUCUCUUCAUAGCUUCGAAACUACGUCAUGAACAAACAACCAAUGAAAUGCCUGCUUAGAGAAUACCUUAGGCUUUAUAGUUUUAUGUUAUUAUUUUCUUUUUGUUCCCUACCAUUGCAGGACCAAAAUAAGUGGAAAUAUUUCCGUUUACAUGGCGUAGAAACAUGAAUAACCACAACCACAACAAUCACUUUGGAAACCACGCGAAGAGUAAAUCAGAGGACAAGUCUCGCAGGAAGAGGUGGAACAAUUCCAAGAAUGGGACCCCACCUGGCAACUUUGACUGGACAAGUAUCUCUCAGUACACGUAUGAGGACGAUGCUGUCAUCAACAAAAAGCUGCCAAAAGAACUUUUACUGCGAAUCUUCUCCUACCUCGAUGUGGUUUCACUCUGUCGUUGUGCUCAGGUGUCAAAGUACUGGAACAUGCUGGCCCUGGAUGGCAGCAACUGGCAGAGAACGGACUUGUUUAACUUUCAGACAGACAUUGAGGGCCCUGUGGUGGAGUACAUGUCCCAGCGCUGUGGUGGCUUCCUCAAGGCUCUCAGUCUGAAGGGAUGCGAGAUAAUAACAGACACAGCUUUGCAGACUUUCGCCCAGCAAUGCAGACACAUUGAGACUUUAAUUCUGAACAAGUGCAUGAGCAUCACAGAUCUAACUUGUGAAAGUUUAGGCAAGUACAGCUCAAAACUGCGGAAACUUGACCUCAGCUCCUGUCCAGAAAUAACGGAUCUCUCCUUAAAGUAUUUAAGUUACACAGCUCAAGGUCGCGGCUGCCCUCACCUGGCCUACCUGGAUGUGUCGUGGUGCCAGAAAGUGACCAGUGAGGGUGUGAUAGCGCUGGCGGAGGGAUGCCCCAAGAUACACACUUUCUUCUGCCGUGGGUGCACGCAGAUUGGAAGUGAAGGCAUAGAGAAGCUGGCUGUUUGUUCGGAGAAUUUGAUGAAGCUCAACAUUCAGCACUGCUCUAACAUCACAGACGAUGCCAUCACGGCUCUCGGACUCAAGUGCCCGGGCAUGACCUUGUUAUGUGCUUCUUCGUGUAAUCGCCUUACUGACGCUAGUCUUGUAGCCUUGGGCCAGGGAUGUCCAGAUCUCAGCACCUUGGAGGUGGAUGGAUGCAAUCUCCUCACAGACGCUGGCUUUCAGGCUCUCACUAAGAACUGCCACAACUUGGAGAAGAUGGAUCUGGAGGAUUGUAUACAGAUAACGGACGCCACUCUGGGCCAUAUAGCCACCUACUGCCACCGCUUGUCUGCCUUGUCGCUGUCCCACUGUGAGCUGAUCACGGACGAGGGCAUCCGCCAGCUGGGUUCGGGCCCGUGUGCCACGGAGCACCUGCAGAUCCUGGAGUUGGACAACUGCCCGCUGAUCACGGACGCCUCGCUGGAGCACCUGAUGGGCUGCCAGUCCCUGCAGCGGAUCGCUAUCUACGACUGUCAGCUGAUCACACGGGCCGGGAUACGCCGACUCAUGGGUCACCUCCCAGACACGAUGGUCCAUCAUUACUUCGCCCCAGGCACUCCCCCUGCCUCUGUGGGAGGAGGGCGGCAGAGGUAUUGUAAGUGCUGCGUGAUUCUCUGACCAGCCCUACUCUACCUAACAGACGGUGCUCUUCUGAAACAGAUAAGCUAAAAAAUACUUUAGCCGAGAUCUUCUUAAAGGAGCAGACUUGUCCUCCUCCUCCUCACUUGCCGGCUCUCUCUCUGACUUUGGCUGGGACUGUGCUGGGGGAGAAUGUUGCUGUCUUCAGGGGGAACAAACGAUGCCAGAGGCUACAGAUUCAGAUGGACACGUACACAGUGGGCACAGGAGUCAUCAUCCGUCACUUAGACUGUAGUUCUUCUCACUAAUGUGGGCAUUUAAAGGAUUUCUUUUUGCCCCCCCCCCCCCCCCCCUCUA